AUGGAAACGCUAUCAAAUUUCGGCCAAGUGGCCCUGAAAUGGGAUCCAAAAAAUCUCGAGAUACGCACAAUGUCUGUGGAAAAAACGCUUGAACCGCUAGUGCUGCAGGUGACCACGCUAGUGAGUACGAAGGGGCCGAGCAAAAAGAAGAAAGGCAAAUCGAAACGCGCAAGUGCGUUAGUUGCCGCCGUCGAAAAAGCCACCGACAUUUUCAUCGAGCGCGGUGAACAGAUUGCCUAUGAAAAUCCGGACAUCACGCAGGAGAUGCUGUCGGCGGUAGAGGAAGUUCGCAAAACGGGUUCCGCGAUGAGCAUCGCGGCGCGUGAAUUUUCCGAGGAUCCGUGCAGUUCCCUAAAGCGCGGAAAUAUGGUACGUGCGGCCAGAAAUCUGCUUUCCGCCGUAACGCGACUGCUCAUCCUAGCCGACAUGGUCGAUGUGCAUUUGCUGCUGAAGUCGCUGCAUGUCGUUGAGGACGACCUUGACAAGCUGCGAAACGCCUCGUCUCAGGAUGAGCUUAUGAACAACAUGCGCCAGUUUGGCCGUAACGCAAACGAGCUGAUCAAACAGGCGGCCAAGCGUCAACAGGAGUUGAAAGAUCCGCAGUUACGGGACGAUCUGGCAGCGGCACGGGCUGUGCUGAAGAAACACUCCACUAUGCUGCUGACGGCGUCGAAAGUGUACGUGCGCCAUCCGGAGCUUGAUCUGGCCAAGGUAAACCGGGAUCAUAUUCUGAAGCAGGUGUGCGAAGCAGUCAACACGAUUAGCGAUGUGGCGCAGGGCAAGUCGUCUCAGCCGCAGGAUGUAUACGUUGGUGCUGGCGAAUUGGCAGCAGCUUUGGACGAUUUUGACGAGGGCAUUAUAAUGGAUCCGCGAGCAUACAACGAAGUCCGCUCGAGGCCGUCACUCGAAGAGCGACUAGAGAGCAUCAUCAGUGCGGCAGCACUUAUGGCCGAUGCGGACUGUACGCGUGACGAACGGCGUGAACGGAUUGUUGGAGAAUGUAACGCCGUACGACAAGCGCUGCAAGAUCUGCUGUCAGAGUACAUGUCUAACAUGGGAACGAAAGAUCGUACUCCGGAACUAGAACGCGCAAUCGGUCACAUGUAUCGGAAAACGAAGGAUCUACGCCGACAGCUACGCAAGGCGGUCGUCGACCAUGUUUCGGAUUCAUUCCUUGAAACGAACAUGCCCCUGCUAGAUCUGAUCGAGGCGGCACGCGGUGGUAACGAGAAGGUGGUCCGUGAACGAGCCGACAUCUUUACCAAGCACGCGGAAAAGCUGGUCGAAGUGGCAAACCUCGUGUGCAGCAUGUCGAACAACGAAGAUGGCGUUAAGAUGGUUCGUUACGCGGCAGACCAAAUCGAAACGCUCUGCCCGCAGGUGAUCAAUGCGGCACUCAUUCUAGCCGCUCGACCCAACUCGAAGGUAGCGCAAGAGAACAUGGAAGCGUACCGUCAGGCCUGGGAGAAUCAAGUGCGUAUUCUAACCGAAGCGGUCGACGAUAUUACCACGAUCGAUGAUUUCCUUGCCGUGUCGGAAAAUCACAUCCUGGAGGAUGUGAACAAGUGUGUGCUUGCGCUGCAGGAAGGCGACGCGCUAGAUUUGCGCAAUACUGCCGGUGCAAUACAGGGACGUUCGGCACGCGUUUGUAACGUGGUGGAGGCCGAGAUGGACAAUUACGAACCGUGCAUCUACACCAAGCGCGUGCUUGAAGCGGUAAAGGUGCUGCGGGAACAGGUGAUGUCCAAGUUUGCGCAGCGUGUCGAUGUGGCUGUCGAUGCAUUGUCCUCCAACUCGCCGAAGGAUGUGGACGAGAACGAUUUCAUCGACGCAUCACGGCUUGUGUACGAUGGUGUUCGUGAAAUUCGUCGAGCCGUGCUAAUGAACAGGAGUUCCGAUGAGUUGGACACUGAUACGGAGUUCGAACCAGUCGAGGAUAUGACUGUCGAAACGCGUAGUAGAUCGAGCGCACAUACUGGCGAUCAAACUAUUGACGAGUAUCCUGAAAUUAGUGGCAUCACAACAGCUAGAGAAGCAAUGCGUAAGAUGAAUGAGGAGGAUAAGCAGAAAAUUAUGCAGCAGGUUGAACUGUUCCGUCGCGAGAAGCUGACGUUCGAUUCGGAAGUAGCGAAAUGGGACGACACCGGCAACGACAUUAUCUAUCUUGCCAAGCACAUGUGCAUGAUCAUGAUGGAGAUGACGGAUUUCACGCGAGGACGUGGUCCGUUAAAAACGACGAUGGACGUUAUUAAUGCGGCAAAGAAAAUUUCCGAAGCAGGCACGAAGCUGGACAAGCUAACGCGUGAAAUUGCCGACCAGUGCCCGGAAAGUUCUACCAAGAAGGAUUUGCUCGCUUACCUGCAGCGUAUUGCCCUGUACUGUCACCAGAUUCAGAUCACCUCGAAGGUGAAAGCUGAUGUGCAGAACAUUAGCGGUGAACUGAUCGUGUCAGGGGUAAUGCUGGACAGUGCGACAUCACUAAUUCAGGCGGCAAAGAAUCUGAUGAAUGCCGUCGUUUACACGGUUAAAUAUUCGUAUGUUGCUUCCACCAAGUACACGCGGCAGGGAACCGUUUCGAAUUACUCACCGAUUGUCGUGUGGAAGAUGAAGGCGCCAGAAAAGAAGCCACUGGUGCGACCCGAAAAACCAGAAGAGGUACGUGCCAAGGUACGGCGAGCGUCACAAAAGAAAACACAAAACCCUGUACAUGCGCUUUCGGAAUUCCAAAGUCCUACGGAUGCUGUUUAA